GCGCGGUGGCAGCACCGCGCGUUGCUGCCUCCGCCUUUUUGAGCGGGACGCACCCGCUUUUUUCGCGCGGCUCGUCUGUCAGUCAUCGACUAUCUUUCUAAGCAUGUGGAGCUCCCUCGUGACUCCUAGAGACUGCCGAGCAUCCUUGCUUACAUCAAAUCAUUUCGUCUCCUAGAGACUGCCAGGCAUCCUUGCCUACAUCAAAUCGCUUUUACUUCCCAUCGAAAUUGUGUUCUUUUUCUUACAAGCCGAACUAAGGAGCCACAGAGUAAGCCAUCACCUACUCCACGGACGACGCGCAUGCGCGUCGCUGUCAUGGCUAUUGCUACCGCACUUAUACUCUGUCGAAUGCAUUGCUGCGUUUAAGCGAAAUAUCUGUGAGUUCGUCUGCAUAGGUGUGGACAAAAACAAAAUAUCCUCACGCUUUUAUAGUGGAUUUUUGUUUUCACUGUUUUCCUUAUUAAUGUGUUAAUAAAAUUUUUGAAAAAGGAUGAAGUGUACCGUAAUUAACUGCAACAACAAAAUAAAGUUUAGAUUUCCUUCAAAUUAUUUAAUUAAAAAUAGGUGGUUGGAAGCUAUCGGAAGACCUACUUUUGUACCACGUUUGAGUCAUGGCUUAUGUAUUGAGCACUUUAAUCCAGAAGAUAUAAUUACUGAAAGUUAUAGAGAUGGAUACAAACUCCAAAAUAUAAGAUUGAAACGUGGAGCUGUUCCAAUAAAAUGUCAUCGGCAAUCGAAAAAUGAUGAAAAAAUUACUGAAAUUGAAACUGUCUAUUUGAAGGAAGAGUAUUCAGUAAAUGAAUUUGGGUUGGAUUCCAACACUGCAAUAAAAUUGAAUCAAUCCCAUAAUGUUGUCGAUGAAGAUCCGUCUUCAAAUGGAUGUACACAGGUGUAUUCGACGAGCAUAUCAAAUGGGCAAAGUCAAUCUGUUUCAAAAUAUUUUAAUAAAAAUUUUGUUGGCGCUGAUGAGAAUGAAAAUGGCAGUGACGAUUAUAAAAAUGAUAUUGAAAUGUCACUUCCAAACAAUUGCAAUUCGAAUAUUCAAUGUGAUAUGGAUGUUAGUGAACAAGAAAUUUGUAACGACGUUAGUAAACCAUGUAAAUGUAACCAAACUAAUCAUCAAAAUAAUUUUAAGAUAGAAAAGCUAUCAAUAUCAUCGCAAACACAUGCUACUCCUCGUUAUACGAUUACCGAUUUUAAAAAGAAGCCAAAAUCGUUAUUUCACUUUAUAGGAUUGGAAAAUUACGAGAAGUUUCUGGCGGUUUUACAUUCAUUAGGGCCAGAUGUAUAUCACUUAAAAUACGUAAGGACCAUUUUUGGAAAUUUGGGAGUACCUGAUCAACUAUUUUUAGUUUUAUGGAAGCUAAGACGAUAUCCAAAUGACAUUGAAUUGGCAGAACAUUUCAAUCUAUCUGAAGUGGAUGUGAGAAAUAUAUUUAUUACAUGGAUUUUAUAUAUGUCCAAAGUAUGGUCUCAUAUUGAUUUAUGGCCAAAACGAGAACUAAUAGAUUUUUAUAUGUCAAAGAAAUUUGAGAAGUACUAUUCUUCUGAAUACGUAACCGUGGAUGAAAUGGAAAUCAAAACAGCAACUUUAAGUAAUUUUCGAGAAAGGCUAUCACCUUUCGGCACGUGUAAAAAAACUGAUACUAUAAAACCAGGUAUUGCAGGGAGUCCGGAUACAUUGAUUUCAGACUCUCUUGCUUGUGAAGGAUUAGUUAGUGAUUGUUCAAUUAUUGAACAAAGCGAUUCUUGUAAAAAAUGCCAAUCUAAAGAUACAGCAAUUUGUGAUAAAGGUUCUCUGGCUCAGAAUUUUACUCCAUGUAAUCAAGCAGUUUCUACUAAAACUCCAUUGGUGACAGACUCGAUACCAAAUAAAACCGUGAAAAAAUUAAUUAAACUGAUCGAAACUUUCACGAUACUUUCUGAAAAACUAAGUCAUCAUUAUAUUCCACUGAAAUCUGAAAUACUUGGAGUAUGUAUAAUAUUGACUAAUUAUAAUGACAAACUAACAAGAGUUUAAGCUUUGAAGUGUAAUUUUAAAAUAAAAAGAAGGUUUGCAUAAAAAUUAGGAACCUGGACGAAUUUUUGAUAAUAAAUGUGUAAAAUCAAUUGUCAUCGCUGAAUACUUUUUUAAUAAUGUUUUACAACAACCUAUUUUACAUAAUGUAGCAUAUCCAACAUUCAUAUGGCGUCCAACGCUUCGUGCGAUAUAUUUUUAUUGCCGCUAAAUUUGCACCUGUUGACACGUAACCUACUGUAUAAAUUAGGAAAAUAAAUAUUUUGUACAAAAAA